AUGGGCAUGCUUCUACGGCCUCCUCCACUUGAUCCCCUCCGAAUUCGCCUCGCGCACGCCUUGGGCUUCCCGAAUUACCCCAACGAUGACACCGUCGAACCGUACAUCAACUACCUUCUGAACCAGCACGAUGCUCGUGGUACUCCAGAAUACGAAGAUCUUCUCAUAACCAUAGUACAAUACUUCCAUGGCCCUCAGCCCCUUGGUUCAAUGAAGAGGAGCAUUGAAGGGCUGCUACACUCGCUAUCCAACCACCCGAACACACAAUGGCACGAAGAGGACACGGUAGUGCGCGCUAUUGGCAGCUGCACACUGUUACUGAGCUCGUUCACCGAUCUACCAACGGUAGCCGGUAAGCUCCGAAUGGUGACGGCAAGCUACAAUCUGCGCAUGCACGGAAGCCUGCUGGGUGGCCAGCCAUACUUCGAGAGCUUGGCAGAAUUGGUAGCGGGCAGCGGCCUGUUACCAGCGCCUGUUGCAUUUGCCUCUGUGGUGACCAUGGCAGAUUUAGAGUCUUUGGAGUCGCUCUUUGUUGACGCCACCCACCUCAACGCGUACAGGUUGACUGUGUUCGGAGCAGUGGAAAUCACCUGGACUCACAACAUCUCCCGGCACCUCCUGCUAUCGAACCGCAACGGACGUCGCAUACUUGAGAUCUUCGCGCUACCAUGCGCCUUAGAUGCCGCCCCCCUUAGGAUGGUCGGUGUCGGUAAUGAGCUGGCGCAAGAGGUCAUGGAGUCAUACAGCUUGCUAUUCAACGCCUGGCCCUCAUUGGGUCCUCAUGCUAAGCUUGGUUUAUGGGGAAACUUUGGCAAGAACAAGCUGCCUGCAGACUCAUUCAGUAGCUUGAUCUUGCAAGCGCGACGAAGGCUUCUACCCGACGACGUUGAGUGGAUGCCCAGACGUUUGGCCGCAGCUCCUGGCUGUUCCCGCACUUACCAUCAUUUCGUCGAGUAUAUGGCGGCCAAGACAGAAACAGGACGCCGAGACAUCCGCUUAUUACCUGUACAUUUGCUGGGACAGGAGUCGACGAUCAAACAUCCAUGGCCGCUGCCCGUCCCCGAUCUCGAUAUCACGCAAGACACCGAUGACUCGCUCUUCCAGACAGCGUCCCAUCUACCAUCAGAGCUCCACGUAAUGCUUGAUGAUCACGAAAUCGCAGGGCAAGAUCCGCUAUACGCACUUGCACCUAUCCUCCUGUUCGCAGCUGCCUCAGAGAUCCAGCUACUAUCAACACUUCAAAAAUGGUACGACAUUAUCGCAUCGACGAAAUGGGAUCGGAAGUACUCAACCGAGCAUCUGGAACAACUCAUAAUGCACAAACACCUCCUGGAUGACCACGCAAGUCGACAUGAAGAGGUUCUCCGAUUCAUCAGUUCACCAAAGCUGGCUCGAUGGCCGGUCAACCUUACACAAGACCAGAGCGAUGUAGCUCAGGAAGCCAAAGAUGCGGUCAAGGCCGACUUUGAAUUCCUUCGAUCAAGAUGCCGCCAGCUUUCGUUGCACUACCAGGAAGCGAUAUCGAUCCUGGUCAGCGCCACUUCACUGGCAGAGUCGCAGAAACAGAUUACGCUUGCUACCCAGGUCACGAAGCUCACCAUACUCGCGACCAUCUUUCUACCACUCUCAUACUGUACUUCGAUAUUCGGCAUGAACUUCGUGGAAUUGGAACAGCUGAACAUAUGGAUAUGGGUUGUUGUCACCGUGUCGGUUGGGCUUGCGACUUUCGCUAUUUAUCAGUGGGAUGAGAGGCAAAGACUGUGGGGGUUUUGGGCCACGGUGAAGGCCAAGUUUCAAUUGGUGCGCUGGCAACACGAUCUUUCAACGACAGUAUAA